AAUCAGUCAGAUUCCAACAGACAAAUAAUUUUCAAAAACUGUUCGAAAGGUUUUAAGGCAAAUAUAUGUUUUCCCGCCAAAACACAGCACUUACACUUUUCGCUCAGAACAUCAACAAACAAAAAAUAUAAUUUAAUUAAUUUACAAGCCAUUAUAUAGUUUUAUACAGUUCAAGUUUCAUUAAGUAUUGUCAAAAAUGGAUGUCGCUGAUAGUCAUGCAGGACGUUUGUUAGUAAAGGACGACGUAGCACUUAGAUGCCAAAAAUUGUUUGCUGAUUUCCUAGACGAAUUCAAAGAGGAUGGCGAGGUUAAAUAUUUACGUGGAGCAAUGGAACUGACAAAUCCAGAUCGAUUUACUCUUGAGGUUAAUUUUGAGGAUGUAGAAAGAUACAAUCAGUAUUUAUCCACGGCAAUCAUUGAAGAAUACUACCGAAUUUAUCCAUUCCUGUGUCAAGCAGUCUCAAACUUUGUCAAAGACCGAACAGAAGCCAAAAAAGCUAAGGAAUGUUACAUCUCAUUUACGGAUGUUCCUACACGCCACAGAGUUCGAGAGCUAACAACAGUCAAAAUUGGAACUCUUAUUCGUAUUUCUGGACAAGUCGUUCGUACACAUCCAGUUCAUCCAGAACUUGUUAUGGGCACUUUUAUGUGCAUGGAUUGUCAGACAGAGAUCCGUGAUGUUGAGCAACAAUUUAAGUUUACAAAUCCCUCAAUUUGUCGUAAUCCAGUUUGUAGUAACCGUCGUAGAUUCAUGUUGGAAGUAGACAAAAGUCUCUUUGUGGAUUUCCAAAAAAUCAGAAUCCAAGAAACACAGGCAGAAUUGCCCCGUGGUGCUAUCCCUCGUUCUGUUGAGAUUAUUUUACGUGCUGAAAAUGUCGAGACUGUCCAAGCUGGUGAUCGUUAUGAUUUUACAGGAACUCUUAUUGUCGUUCCUGAUAUUGGUUCCAUUCAGCUUCCAGGCGCUAAAGCUGAUGUUCGUUCUCAUCAUAAACAAGGCGAUAAUUCAGGUCAAGGAGUUCGUGGAUUAAAAUCUCUCGGAGUAAGAGAACUUAAUUAUCGUAUGGCAUUUUUGGCAUGCACAGUUCAAGCUACAUCUUCUAGAUUCGGUGGACAUGAUGUUCCAAUGAAUGAAGUCACUGCUGAAGAUAUGAAGGCACGAAUGACAGAAGAUGAAUGGAAUAAAGUCUAUGAAAUGUCACGCGACUCAAAAUUAUACUCGAAUCUCAUGAAUAGCUUAUUUCCAUCGAUUUACGGAAAUGAUGAAGUCAAACGUGGAGUACUGCUGCAAUUAUUUGGUGGCGUUGGAAAGACAACACAUGAGAAAACAGCACUUCGUGGUGAUAUUAAUGUUUGUAUUGUCGGCGAUCCAUCAACAGCAAAAUCACAACUUUUAAAGCAAGUCGCUGACUUUUCACCGCGUGCUGUCUACACGUCAGGCAAAGCAUCAUCUGCUGCUGGUCUUACAGCUGCUGUUGUACGUGACGAAGAAAGUUUCGACUUUGUUAUUGAAGCUGGUGCCUUAAUGCUUGCUGAUAAUGGAAUUUGUUGUAUUGAUGAAUUUGACAAAAUGGAUCCACGCGAUCAGGUCGCAAUUCAUGAAGCUAUGGAACAACAGACAAUUUCUAUAGCCAAAGCAGGUGUUCGUGCCACACUUAAUGCUCGUACAUCAAUUUUAGCAGCUGCAAAUCCAAUUAAUGGACGUUAUGAUCGUUCAAAGUCACUCCAACAGAAUAUUAUGCUCUCUGCGCCAAUUAUGUCACGUUUUGACUUGUUCUUCAUUCUUGUGGAUGAGUGUAAUGAGGUCGUUGACUAUGCUAUUGCCAAAAAAAUUAUCGAUCUUCAUACAAAUGCAAUACAGACAGUAAUCGAACAAGUUUAUCAGCGUGAAGAUGUUUUACGAUACAUAAGCUUUGCCAGACAAUUCAAGCCAAUGAUUUCAAAGGAAUCGAUGAAGUUACUCAUUGAAAAUUAUGGACAUUUACGUCAACGUGAAAUUGGAUCAAGCGGUAAGAGCACAUGGAGAAUAACGGUCCGUCAAUUAGAAAGUAUGAUUCGUCUUAGUGAGGCACAAGCUAAAAUGGAAUGUUCUGGUGAAGUUUUACCUCGUCACGUAACUGAAGCUUAUCGUUUGCUAUCUAAAUCCAUUAUUCGUGUUGAACAGCCAGACAUACAUCUUGGUGAUGAUGAUGAGAACAAUAUGGAAGUGGAUGAAGUACCUGAAAAUGGAAAUAAUGAAAAUGGCAAUGAAAAUGAACAAGAACAGCAAGUAACAAAGAAAACAUUCUCGUUGACAUUCGAUGAAUAUAAGAACCUAUCAAAUAUGUUGAUUCUGCAUUUACGUGAUGAGGAAAUGAAAUGUAUAGCACAAGGAACAGACACAGAAGGCAUUAAAAAGAGUGAAUUAGUUCAAUGGUAUUUGGAACAGAUUCAAGACUUGCUGGAAUCGGAAGAUGAUUUAAUUGAGAGAAAAAUUCUUGUUGAGAGAUUAAUUGAGCGACUUAUUACACAUGAUCAAGUCUUGAUUCCACUUAGAACGACUGAAUUAAAGCACAGAGGAAAGGAUCAUACGCAGACACAGGAACAACAAACAGAAGAGCAGGAAGAUGCAAAUGAUCCAUUUUUGAUGGUCCAUCCAAAUUAUGUUAUUGAUAAAUAAGUUCUGUUAAGUUUUCUCGUUAAAUCAGCAUCUAAGGAUGUUUUUUAAGUCCCACGGGAUCAUCAUCUCACACAUUUCAUAGAUUUUUAAGCACUUUUCGUUAAUUUAAAUCCAAAAGUACAAUAGUUUCAAAGUUUUCUUGUUUAAGCACUUUAAGGUUCAUUAAUUCUGUUUUAUUUGUAAUAAAAACAAACAUUUAG